AUGAACCAAACAUCCCAGAAUACAUCUUGUAAAUUUUCAUCAAAAAUUGAGAAUAUAUGUUCUUUCAAUCAACCUCCACUCACUGAAACAUUACCAAACUUGCCAAAUGUUAUAUACAGUGAACAUAAACUUCAUGAUGUUAAAACAAACAUUACACAAUUACCUUGUGGGAUAAGAGUGGCAUCGGAAGUUGCAUAUGGAGAAUUUUGUACUGUUGGAGUGGCAAUAAAUUCUGGUUGUCGAUAUGAAGCAAAAUAUCCAAGCGGUGUUAAUCAUUUUCUUGAAAAAUUGGCUUUUAAUACAACUUCAAAUUUUCCUGGAAACAAUGAAAUUUUGGAUGAAAUCGAAAAAUAUAACGGUUUGUGUGAUGCACAAUGUUCCCGACCUGAACAAGAUCAAUUACUUGAAAAUUUAGUGCAUAUGKCUGCUUUCCAACAAAAUACAUUGGGUUUAUCUAAACUUUGUCCAACUGAAAAUGUAUCUAAAAUUAACCGACAAGUUCUAUUAACUUAUCUGAAAAAUCAUUAUGUUCCUAAACGAAUUGUAGUUGGAGGAGUCGGAGUUGAUCAUCAAGAACUUGUUGAUAGUGUACAAAAGUACCUGGUUGAUGAAAAACCAAUUUGGAACAAUGAAAAACUUGAUACAAUUAGUAUUGAUAACUCAAUACCACAAUACACUGGUGGAAUAAUCAAAGAAGAUUGUGAUAUUCCUGCAUUUCCUGGACCAUCUGGUUUAGCUGUCUUAUCACAUGUAAUGAUUGGUCUGGAAUCUAUACCUCUAGUGGGCACUAAUGAUUUUGUUCCAUCGUGUGUAUUAAAUCUGAUGAUGGGCGGUGGUGGAUCUUUUAGUGCUGGUGGACCUGGUAAAGGAAUGUACACAAGGCUGUAUAGAAAUGUUUUGAAUAGGUAUGGUUGGUUGUAUAGUGCUACUGCUUAUAACCAUGCGUAUACUGAUAGUGGAUUAUUCUGUAUUCAUGCCAGUGCUGAACCACAAUAUGUUCGUGAUAUGGUUAAAGUCAUUGUGUUUGAAAUUGCUAACAUGGCUAGUAACAUUCAAAGAGAAGAACUUGCUAGAGCAAAGAAACAAUUACAGUCACUCUUACUGAUGAAUUUAGAAGCACGUCCUAUUGUGUUUGAAGACAUGGUUAGACAAAUUUUAGCUUGUGGUUACAGAAAAAGACCAGAAGAACUUCUCCAAGAAAUUGAAAAUGUUACUGAAGAUGAUAUAGUAAGAAUUGUUAAGAAAAUCCUGGAUACUCCGCUAACAGUAGUUGCUCGUGGAAAUGUUUCAAAAUUACCACUAAUUGAAGAAAUGCAAGAAUUAAUUAAUACAAAACCUAAAGGAAAAAUAUUUGGUCGGUUUUAAUAUAUCUUAGUUUAAGUCCAUUUUGCAUUUUUGUUGAUUUUAAAAUAAAUUUGUUCAAACAAAAUAUAUAACUUUUCAUAUUUUAUGUAUAAUGAAAAAUAAAGAUUUAUAUUUUAUACAUACAUUUACUUAGUAGGAAAUUAAAUUCUGAAUACUUAAAUAUAUUUAAAUUGUAGUUAA